UUUAAAAUUACCUUCAUAAAAUUGUCAACAAAAACAACAAAUCACUAUAUUAAUGAAGAAGCAGUUUCUUGAUGUGAGCAUCCACAGCUGUAUUCCUUCUCACUUAACCAUUUCCACCAGAGGUGGCGCUCGAACACCGGGACGAACAUCCUCGUGUACGAGAAGAAGAGUAUCAACAACAGAAGUGGAGCGUAGCAGUUCAUAAGUCUGCUUUAUGUAUGAUAACUUAAAGAAGUAAACGGGAAGAACAGCUGACGUACUGUAGUGAAGAUGGAGAUUGAUGAAAAACCCUGCAGAGUAAAAGACAAACAGACAGAGGAGCAAACAGUAAAGUCUGAGACUGAGGAAGAACCCUGCAGAAUAAAAGAUGAAGAAACAGAGGAACAAAUAGGACAUUUUGAGGAAAAACCCUGCAGGAGAAAAGAUGAAGAGACAGAGGAGUUAAUAGCUGUAAAGAUGGAGAUUAAGCAAGAAACCUGGAGAUCAAAAGAUGAAGAGACGGAGGAACAAAUAGAAGAGGAUGAACCCAAACAACCUCAUCCUAUCACAAAUGAAGAUGGAAACACAGCCAAUUCACAGGAAUCCCCGCUUAAAAAGACUUUCUCCUGCGCCGAGUGUGAAAAGACCUACUUGACUAAAGCAGCUCUCAGAGCGCACAUGAGAGUCCACGAUGGAAAAAAGCCUGAGUUUGCUUGCGCGCAGUGCGAAAAGAGCUACGUAAAUCAAGCCGAGCUCAACAGACACAUGCAAGCGCACAUUGGAGAGAAAAGGUUUGUGUGUAAACAGUGUGGAAAGCGAUACCUGCACAAAGCAACACUCAAAGCUCACAUGAAAAUGCACAAUGGCAACAAACCCUACUCCUGCACUCACUGUGACAAACGUUUCGUUUAUAAAUCCGUGUUAAUCGCGCACAUGAGCGUUCACGAUAAGAAAAGCUCGACCGCACGCUCUCAAUGUAAUAGCGGUAGCACAUGCGAUGCUCACUUAAGUGUGCACAUGAAUAGUCACACUAGAGAGAAGCCGUUCGCAUGCAAUAAAUGUGGGAAGCGCUUCAAAUAUAAAAACACCCUCCAUGAGCAUCAUAAGCUUCACGCUGGAGCUAAACCGUUCAGCUGCGAUCACUGCGAUAAAACGUUUAUCUGGGCGUCGCAGUUAAGAUCCCACCUGAAAUAUCAUGCUGGCGUCAAGUCUCACGUGUGCACUUUCUGCGGGAAAGACUUCCUACAGGUCAGUCACUUAACAGUGCACCAGAGGAUUCACACUGGAGAGAGACCUUUCAAGUGUUCAUACUGUGAGAAGGGUUUCACCAGCUCGUCCAUACUGAAGAAUCAUCAGAAGGUUCACACUAGAGAAAAGCAGUACCAGUGCACGCACUGUGGCAGGUGUUUCUCGUACUUAUCAGUGUUUAAAUCCCAUCUGAAAACUCACGAGGGAGAGAAACCGUACAAGUGUGCGCACUGCGAGAAGAGCUUCACGUAUUCGUCAGCUUUGAAAGUUCACGAGAGAGUUCACGUCGAGGAAAAACCCUAUCGGUGCACGACAUGUGGGAAGGGUUUUGCUGACUUUCAUGAUCUACAUGCUCACGAGAAGAAACAUUCCCUAAGUGAGCGGAGUUCCCUUGUAGACUACUCGAGUGCUAGAAAACACAUGUAGAAAUCUGAUAUAUAUCAAAACUCAUUUUAUGCAUGGUGGCUCACUGCAAAAAGGUCGCUGGUUUGAGUCCCGGCUAGGUCGGUUGUCAUUUCGGUGUGGAGUUUGCAUGUUCUCCCCAUGUUGGUGUGGGUUUCCUCUGGGUGCUCCGGUUUACCCCACAGUCCAAACACAUGCGCUAUAGGGAAACUGAUGAGCUAAAUUGGCCAUAGUGUAUGUGUGAAUGGUUGUGUAUGGGUGUUUCCCAGUAUUGGGUUGAAGCUGGAAGGGUUUUUGCUGUGUAAAUCAUAUGCUGGAAUAGUUGGUGGUUCAUUCUGCUGUGGCAACCCCUAAUUAGUAAAGGGACUAAGCCAAGAAUAAAAUAAAUGAAUGGCUGUAGUGGAUAAGUGUGUGUGAAUGAGUGUGUAUGGGUGUUUUCCAGUACUGCGUUGGAGCUAGAAGGGCAACUGCUGUGUAAAGCAUGUGCUGGAAUAGUUGGUGGUUCAUUCUGCUGUGGAAACCCCUGAUUAGUAAAGGGACUAAGCCAAAAAUGAAAUUAAUAAAUGGCUGUAGUGUAUAAGUGUGUGUAUGG